AUGAGACAGCACUAUGAGCUGGGGCAGGUGCUCAAACAACGUUAUGAAGGAUUCCUCAGCAAAAACUACAACCGUUCUGAGAUUGUGGUGCGGAGUACAGACACUGACCGGACACUGAUGAGUGCACAGGCAAACCUGGCUGGUAUGUACCCACCUAGUGGGUCACAGGUCUUCAACCGCAAUCUCACAUGGCAGCCCAUUCCUGUCCACACAGUACCCCGGGAACAAGACAGGCUUCUUCCGUUCCCCUUGUCUGGCUGCCCUCGCUAUGUUACACUCAUGAGCGAAACCAGGAACAGUGCAGAAUACCGCAACGUAACUGUCUUCUACAAAGAUUUUAUGGACAUGCUGCAAAACAACACUGGCCUGAAUGUCACCAUGGACUCAGUGUGGAAGAUCUAUGACACCUUGUUUGUUGAGAAAUUGCAUAAUAAGUCCCUUCCCAUGUGGGUGACAGAAGAGGUCAUGGAGAAGCUGAAAGACCUCAACGACUUCAGCUACCAGAUCUUGUUUGGGUUAUACAAGUGGAAGGAGAAGGCUCGACUCCAGGGAGGUGUCCUUCUCAGUGAAAUUGUGACAAAUAUCUCUAGCUAUGCCAGUGACUCCCAGAAGCCCCUGAAGAUGAAGGUGUACUCAGGGCAUGACACUACGAUAAUGGCACUGCAGACAGCCUUGAAUGUGUACAACAGGAUACUGCCCCCCUACGCUUCCUGCCAUAUAUUUGAACUGCACCAGGAGGACGACAAGUCCUUCUCUGUGGCAAUGUACUAUCGGAACGACAGCACCAAGGAACCCUACCCCCUAGUGCUGCCAGGCUGUACCCAGUUCUGCCCCCUGACAGAGUUUGAGAAUCUUAUUGAGCCUGUCAUCCCCAAGAACUGGAAGGAAGAGUGCCAGGUGAAAGAAGCAGGUUCAUGGUACUUCACAGGGUUCAUUGUGGCCUGUGUUUUAGCCACGAUAUUUGCACUCACAACAAUUGUCGCUUGUUUCCUCCACUGUCGGAGAACGGGUUAUAUGGAAACGCAACAGCACAGCUAAGUGCCUUGUUCGCAAUCGUGAGGAAUUUCCUGUUGGAUAGUUGCACAUCCUCCACUCCAGUUGUUGUCACGGGAAAGAGGUCUGGCUGAUUCACUGUUCUGGGAAAACAUUGUGUUCUUCCCUAGAAACCCCCAAAAGAAAGUGUGCCUUCUGGCCUGCCCUCCAACCGCCAGAGAUGACCUCAAAAACAGGCAUUUAUCACUGAAUCAAGACUAAAGGGUUUUCUUUUUUGCUGUACAUUGACCUCUCAAUUUACCAUAAAUGAUAGAUACUAACUGACAGCAAACUAGUAAACUGCACUCACUAAACUGAGAUAUUUUGUAAUAAUCUAAUGCAAUGUAAUGUACUUUAAUAAUGAUCACUCUCUUUCACUUACAGUACCAGUCAAAAGUUUGGACACAUCUAAUUAAGAUAAUG